AUGAAAUCUACACCGAGUGAAAUAUUAGAUUAUCGUUGUCGUCUUGAAAGUCCGACAUCAGUAGGACGUUCAGGUGUUUCUCAGAUAUAUCAAACACAUGUAAUAGAAGGUGAAGGACAUGAAAUAUUACGUGAAUUAUUUCCUCAAUUAGACAAUAAAUUAUUAAAUGAAUACGAUAUUCGUAAUUAUUCAUUAAAAACAGAAUUAAGAUUCUUUGUUAAUGGUAUAUUAUUAAAUCAAAAUUUAACAAAAGACAUAGAAUGGUUAGGUGCUGAUCGUUUUACAUUAGAAACAGUUUUGAGAAAAGAAUUGUGUUUAAAAUUUGAAAAUCAAAUUGAAUGGAAAUGUAAUUCAAGAGUAACACAACUCAUUGUUGAUCAAUCAUCAAAUAUUGUUAAAGGCAUUAAAUAUCGGUGUAAGCAAAAUGUUGGUUCGCCUUUAUUUGAUAUGUACGGUGAUUUUAUUAUUGAUUGUAGUGGUCGCAAUUCGUCGUCAACUAAAUGGUUAAAAGAGAGUUUGAAUUUAAUUGUGCCAACUGUACAAAUGCAUUUUGGUUGUGGCUACGUGACAUUUGUUGGUGAAAGAUUUAAAACUGAAAAUCCAACGUUGGAUUCAAUACCUGUGAUUUGUAGCACAGUUAAUGCUCCUGACAAAAAUGCAGGGUGUUAUAUCAUUCCAAUGCGUACAAUAAAAACAUCAGAUGAAAACUCAUUAGGAACAUUGGCACAAAUCUCGAUUCAUUGCGUUAAUUCAGAAUUUCCACCAAAUGAUUCUUACGAAAAUUUAUUAGAAUGGAUAAAAGAAAAUCUUGAUCCAGAUUAUUAUUCAAUAUUAAAAUCAACAAAAGUAUAUAGUCCAUUAAUUCCAUAUCGUCGUGCAAUUGACGAUCGAAGAUAUGUCGAAUCAUUAGGAAAAAAAUGGCCUCAAAAUUAUAUAUUACUGGGUGAUGCGAUGUGUACAUUUAAUCCUCAAUUUGGCCAGGGUAUGACUCAUGCAUGUCGACAAGCAAGAGGAUUAGCAAAAAUAUUUGCUGAAAAUUGUCACAAAUUAAAAGAUAUUUCUCAUGUAUUCAAUUCUCGUGCUUCAGCAAUCAGUGAAGAAUGUUGGCUUCUUUCGACUACAAAUGAUUGGAAAACACCGACAUUAAAAAUAAUAAAAACUGAUAAAAAUGGUCAAACAAAAACGUAUCAACGAAAUGGUGAUUUUCCUGCAACUAAGGAUAAUCAACUCCGAUUACCUUUAUUGACAAAAAUUUUACAGUGGUAUAUUGAUUCAUUUUUGAAAUGUGCUUCGAAAUCCGGACAGCUUUCCACAGACUUUUUACAUGUUAUGAAUCAACAGGCUAGUAUAUUUAUAUUAUUCAAACCAACAAUAUUGUUCGCUGUUUGUUAUACUGCAUUGAUGAACUGUUUUAAUUUAUCGAAAUAA